CUGCAAGUCCAAUAAGAAGGGAGAGUACAUAGUUUAUCUAAUGAAACGAGUGAAGAAAAAAUUCAUGAAGUACUGGAUAGCCGCUGGCUUGAGCAUUGAACAAUCAAGAAAGAUUAAUGGCUAUAGCCAACCUCAUCAGUUGCCGCAACCUGCACCAAGCACUACACGGACACAGUUGCCUCCGGGGAGUUAUCAGCUACCUCAGCUGUCACACCAUCCGCAACCAAGCACUAGUCAGCCACAAUUCUCCCAGUUACAAGCUCGCACAGGAUAUUCAAAUUUUCAGCCUCCUGGAGAUGUAGCCCCAAAACACAAAAACCAUGCAUCUAAGAAACAAAAAAAGAACUCAGCUAUGGGUCCUGCAGCCUCCAUUCUCAGUGAGCCACCAGACCAGUUACAACAGCAUCAUUUGAGCUACUGGCCGCCAUAUGAACAGAGCAUCAACCAGCUACAAUUCUCUCAAUUGCAGGCUGCCGUAGAUGGUGGACACUCACACUUGCUGCCUCAAGCAGAUUAUACAAGGUCCCGUGGCUAUGUUCCCUGUUAUCCAGUGGAUCCCAUGGUUCUCCCUGGCCGAUCACAUCCCCUGCAGUCCCCAUUGAGCCAUGGGGAAUCUAGUGAGCCACAGCAACGGAAACCGAAGGCAACCCAUUGCCAGCCUCAGUCGUCCCAGCUGCAAGAUAAUGUCGAUUUUGAGCAUUCUCACAUGUCUCUUACAGAUUCUACCGUGAGGGGUAUUCGAUGUGCACUUAAGUAUUCUGCUGGCCCCACAACCAAUAAAUCUAACCGAGUAAAUCAGAAGCAGUUGGGCCAUGCCAAAUCCCAGCCCGAGCAGACCCCACAGAGCUUGGAACAGCAACCGUUCACAAAAAAGAGGAAAGGAAGAGGUCCUACACGCUGCCGCUUCUUGGACGACCUGGCAGAAGGUGAGCAGAUAUUUGUCCAGAUCAACAAGCUUGGACAGCCUGUUGGUCCAAAUGCAUACAAGCUAAGCUGCUUCCUGGGCACUAUAGCACGGAAUGGACACAGAGCACCCCUUACUUUUGUUCACUGGAGGGCAAUGCCAGAUUCUUAUAAAGUGGACAUGUGGGACUAUGUUCAGACAAAGUUUGACAUUGAUCCAAGUGGCAAGUCUUGGGUCAUGCAGGCUAUUGGUACAAAAUGGAGGGACUGGAAAGCUGAUUUAAAGGCAACGUAUUACUAUUCUCUUAAGACGGAUGAAGAGCGCUUGAAGGUAUGUGAUCCAAGGGUUGUCCCUGAGCAAUGGUCAAGUCUUAUUUCAUACUGGAACACUGAUGAGGCAAAGAAGCGUUGUGCAAGAAAUAAGGCUAUCCGUAAAAAACAGACGUGUGGACAUUCAUCAGGGACCAAGAGUUAUGCAAGGAUAUGUGAGGAGGAGCGAAACAAGAGGCCUGAUGGGAAGGAACCAACUAGAGCUGAGCUUUAUAUACUAACACAUACACGCAAGGAUGGACAGCCUGUUGAUGAGACUGCGUCAAAAUUAAUUUCAAAGAUCCGCGAACAAGAAGCUAAGAAGCAGAAUAACUCACGAUGUAGUGAUGAGUCAAAUGACACCUUGUGUCAAGUUAUGGGAGAAGAAAAAGGCGACUGCAUGGAAACUUCUGGAAUGGGUCCCAAUCGUACUGGUAUUUUUGGCUCAAGGCCUAGCCGUGCUGCCCUUGUGAGGAUGGCUUCCGAGGCCAAAAGUUCCGCAAAUAAGGAGGUGCGUAAGAUGACAGUGAAAAUGGAGGCCAUGGAGGAAAAAUAUACCCUUAUGGAAAACCACAUGGCUAGAAUGGCUUCAAACAUGGAAAAGUUUCUACAGAAGAUUGACGCGUCUUCAAAUGUUUUGGGGUCUGAACAGCAUUUCCACGAGGAGGAAGACCCAGAAGAAGAUGAUACUUGAUGGACUUUACCCACCGUUUUCGCCCUAGGUGGCGUUAUGUUGAUUCAAUUUGGUAGUGUUUUAAUGUUGAACUUCUGAAACAUGAACCAUUGAAGGAAUGAAGUUGCUAAGUGAAACGUUCUAUUUUAUAUGUAUGUAUAGGAAGCUAUUAAGCUAAAUGGCCGUGGGUGGAUCGCCACCACCGGACGACUAGUUGAAUCGUUUCUCUCCAGUAUUUAUUUUUUCCCCUGAUGAGUUUAUGCUUCCGGUAAGAUAACGACAAUGCAUGCAAUUAUUUAAUCGGUUUA